AUGGAGAGAACACGGGUCGCCAAGGUUGACGAUGUGACCUUGGCGCGUCGUGGUGAACAAGUCGUUGGCACCCUCCACCUCACCCCUCACCAUAUUAUCUUCUCCCACCUUCCCCCGACUACCAACAACGUGCAAGCUCAAGAUACGCCCGCAAGGCCAAAAGAGCUUUGGAUAACGUAUCCGAUAAUUUCGUUCUGUACCUAUCGUCCAACUCCCGCGGCUUCCCGCCAGCCUUCUUCAAUCCGUUUGCGGUGUCGUGAUUUUGCGUUCGUGUGCCUCUAUUUCGCCAGUGAAACCAAGGCGCGUGACGUAUACGAAUGCAUUAAGGGAUGGACAUGCAAGGUGGGCCGGAUCGAUAAACUCUAUGCAUUUACCUACCAGCCGCCUCCCCCGGAGCGUGAGCUCAACGGUUGGGAGCUGUACAACCCCCGUCAAGAGUGGGCCAGGCAAGGUAUUGACCAGGAAGGCCAUGGAUGGCGACGCUAUCGUUCGAGAGCAAGGGUCCCAGUCCUGACAUAUCUCCACCCUAUUAACAACUGCUCGAUUACCCGAAGUUCGCAGCCCCUGGUGGGUGUGCGUCAGAACCGGUCCAUUCAGGAUGAGAAAUUAUUAGCCGCGAUUUUCUCAACUUCUCGCUCAGAACGACCACUGGCCGGCAUUACUCCUGCGCAACUGGAAAGCGAAUCGUCCAGUUCGACCCAGGGAGACAUCUCAAAUAGUCAGACGGGAAUUGCCUUAACCAACGCCGAGGAGAUAGAAGAAGAGAUGUUGGCGUUUCAAGGUGACACCGAGCAGAAGCCCCAUGUAUAUGGGGCUCAGCAGCAUAACUUGAUUGUCGACGCGCGACCAACUGUCAACGCGUUUGCCAUGCAAGCCGUGGGCCUUGGCUCGGAAAACAUGGACAACUAUAAGUUCGCGACGAAAGCGUACCUCGGGAUCGACAAUAUCCAUGUCAUGAGGGACUCCUUGAACAAGGUAGUCGAUGCGCUAAAAGAGUUCGAUGUCACACCUUUGGGACCCAACAAAGACCUCCUUGCACGCAGCGGAUGGUUGAAACAUAUCUCUGGCAUUUUAGACGGCGCCGGUUUGAUCGCUCGUCAAGUUGGACUUCAACAUUCGCAUGUUUUGAUUCAUUGCUCCGAUGGAUGGGACCGAACAAGUCAACUAAGUGCCCUAAGUCAAGUGUGCCUCGACCCCUACUAUCGUACCAUGGAAGGUUUCAUGGUGCUGGUGGAAAAAGACUGGCUUUCUUUCGGACACAUGUUCCGACAUCGAUCUGGUCACCUGAAUAGCGACAAAUGGUUUCAAAUCGAGAAUGAAAGAAUUGGGGGCGACUCCAACCGCGGGUUUGGCGAUUCUGGAGGGGCCGGUAAGGCUAUUGAAAACGCAUUCCUGAGCGCCAAAGGCUUUUUCAACCGGGACAAUACAAGUCGUGAUUCUCUUCCCGACUCGGAGGGAGAGAUGCAAAGCUAUGACUCUGAUAAACCCGGCCUUAAGAACCCCAGCCCGGCACCAAGAUCGGCCGGUCCGGAGAAAGAAGUGACGAAGGUGAAGGAGACAAGCCCCGUUUUCCAUCAAUUCUUGGAUGCAACUUUUCAGCUCUUACAUCAAUAUCCUACACGGUUCGAGUUUAAUGAGCGGUUUUUGCGACGGCUACUCUAUCACCUCUACUCCUGCCAAUUUGGCACUUUCCUCUUUAACAGCGAAAAAGAGCGCGUGGACUGGAAGGCGAAAGAGCGGACUCGGAGCGUGUGGGAUUACUUCCUUGCUCGGAAGGAACAGUUUCUUAACCGCCAGUAUGAUGCUGUCAUCGACGACCACAAGCGCGGCAAAGAGCGUCUAAUUUUCCCGCGAUUGAAUGAAGUCAAAUGGUGGAGCGAGGCAUUUGGCCGGACAGAUACCGAAAUGAAUGGCUCUCGUUCGGCCAGUGCUACUGCGCCGAUCAGCCGCGAUACCUCCCGCGCCAGGGCACCGGUCUUGACCGGUCUUGAAUCAUCUCACAGUUCGAUUGGAAACGCAGCAAAGGACCGAGAGUCCCCUAAGGCUGUCGCAGCCGAUAUGGAUGAAGUGUCCUUGGGAGUGCCUGACCUAUCCUUCUCGAGGAACAAGGAAAAUGGCCAAGCUUCCAAGACCAUAAGUCAGAUGGAAGUUGAGAUGCAAUGA